AUGUCAAAAUCAUCAUUUAACCCACAACCCGAGGAUCCUGUCCCCUCAUAUGAAGAGAGUACAGGAUCCUCUACUGCCACUACUUGGACCCCAGCUACCCUCCACCAACAACUGGAUGAUACCCGACUAACUCGCGUUCGCAACAUCCUAUCAAUCUACGUCGACCCCCUUCUUUCUGUGCAAGGUGCAUCGGGUAUCUAUAAGGCCAUCUUCCUGCUCGUCCCGUCAAACGUGGACUCGCUACAGCGGCAGCAUGUAGCGGAUUACUUGUCAUCAUACUCACCACCAAAGGAGCCAGAAGUGGUAGGAUUCUCAGCCAUGGAUGUCGUCAAACUCAUCCGUCUCAAGGGGGAAGAGAAUACAGUGGAGUUCUGGAGACAGCCCGCUGUGAUGGAAGAGUUGGCGACGAAUCUGCGUAUGCGACUGAAGCUGAGCGGACACCGUGUUGAGGAAGACAUGCUCGAGUCACCACCACCACCACCACCACUACCGCCUCCAACUACAGUGCAGGGGCCGUCUACUCCUGCAAAGGAGAAAAAGUCAGGUGGAUGGUUCAGAUCCAAGCCAAAGAAAGCAGAAAUAACUAAGUCGCUGUGGGAGACCACGGCUCCUUCUGAAGCGACUAUUAUCGAUCAGAAACUGGGCUGGCGGGCUACCCAUGAGGGUCUUCCCAGCAAUGCCCUCAAUAACAAGCCAUUGAGUAGAGGUACGGUGCGCGUACUAGUCGAGUGGAAGGAGAUUUGUCUUCGAGUCGAGAAUGCCGUUGGGCUGUAUGACACUCAGAAGGGGUUCGGAAUUUGUCUGUCUGUUGAGGUUGGGGCUUGA